CAACAUUAUAGUUUUCAUGCGGGUGGCAACUUUUCCCGCUACACAGUUGAUUGAAGAGAAGAAAGAAAAAAGUUGUUUAUACAACGUUGGCACCAAAAAAACACACAAAACGGCCUAUCAAUAAAAAGUAAAAUAGUAUUACAGCGUAGUGCAUUUAAUUAACAUGUCCACAAACGACGAUGCCAGUGGUAGCAAACAAGCGCGUCUAGAGAACAACAACAGUAAUCACAACAGCAACACAAAGGAUUUAAAUGGCAUUGGAGCAGGAGGAGAAGGAGGCGAUGUGGGCAGCAAAUCACGAGACAAAGUGGCGCUGAUAACGGGCAUAACAGGGCAGGAUGGUUCAUAUCUCGCUGAGCUACUGCUCAAAAAGGACUACGAGGUGCACGGCAUUAUACGGCGAGCCAGCACCUUCAACACGACACGCAUUGAGCAUUUGUACACCGAUCCUGCCGCACACAAAGGCGGUAAAAUGAAGCUGCACUAUGGAGACAUGACGGAUAGUAGCAGUUUGGUCAAGAUCAUCAAUAUGGUGAAGCCCACCGAGAUCUAUAACUUGGCCGCACAAUCGCAUGUGAAAGUCUCGUUCGAUCUAAGUGAAUACACGGCGGAAGUGGAUGCCGUUGGCACUCUGCGCAUCCUGGACGCCAUACGCACUUGUGGUAUGGAGAAGUCUGUGAAAUUUUAUCAGGCUUCCACGUCAGAAUUGUAUGGCAAGGUAGUGGAGACGCCGCAAAACGAACAGACGCCGUUCUAUCCACGUUCGCCUUACGCUUGUGCCAAGAUGUAUGGCUUCUGGAUCGUCAUCAAUUAUCGAGAGGCCUACAACAUGUUUGCCUGCAACGGCAUCCUUUUCAACCAUGAGAGUCCGCGACGUGGCGAAAACUUUGUGACACGCAAAAUAACACGAUCGGUGGCCAAAAUCUUACUUAACCAAAUGGAAUACUUUGAGUUAGGCAAUCUGGACUCGAAGCGCGAUUGGGGCCAUGCUGCCGACUAUGUGGAAGCAAUGUGGAUGAUGUUACAGCGCGAUACCCCAGCGGACUAUGUGAUUGCCACCGGGGAGACGCAUAGUGUGCGUGAAUUUGUGGAGGCAGCCUUCAAGCACAUUGGUCGUGAGAUUGUGUGGCGUGGCAAGGGCGUGGAGGAAGUAGGCGUCGAGCGCAACUCGGACAUUGUGCGCGUGCGCAUUAAUCCAAAGUAUUUCCGACCCACUGAAGUGGAUCUGUUGCUGGGCGACGCAUCAAAAGCUAGACGAGAGUUAAACUGGCAACCAAAGGUUAGUUUCCUGCAGCUAGUUAGCGAUAUGAUGGAUGCCGACAUUGAGUUGAUGAAAAAGAAUCCCAUUGCAUAAGGGGCGAAGAUGACGACAUAACUUUUGGCACAAUAUUUAUACAAUAUAUACUAUAAUUAUAUACAUAUAGGAUUUUGUAGGAUACGACGGGAUUUGCAAUCAUUCCUUUUUUGUUUUUGUCAACAUUGUGUGUGGUAUUUCCUUAAAACCUUCCAUGUUAUUUUGUAGUCUUUUUAACUUAACUAACUAAACACACAUGCAAUAAAUGAUGAUUCAAUUAACAUAAAAUAAUAAAUGAAGAGUUUUUAAAUCAUUUUUCGUAAGUGUGGAGAGACAUCCAUUUGCAUUUAUUGUGUUUUUGAAGUUCCAACAUAUACAUAACCAGUAUAAAGAAGCGUCAACGUGGAUGCACUACGUUUCCUUCUUGCCAAACGGAUUGAUCUUGGACAACCAACUGGAAGAUGAGGGCGACGUUUCACUGCAAAACAAAAACGGCAACGUUAUUAGGGUGAUUUGUGGACAAAAAAUGCUACUUACAGCUUUGUCAGUGCUUCGAUGUCCGCAUCCUUGUGCUCGGCACUUGGCUGCGCCUCAUUUGUCUCCAGUUUGCCCGCCUCUUUGAUACCUGCCUCGCGCAGCUGUUCAAUCAGCUUGCUGCGAAACUCGACCUUAUGAGGUACAACUUGUUCCGCCGCACGCAAUUGAUUCUGCAGCUUGCGAAUGGCCUCGAGGUAGCUAUGUCCAUACCAGUCAAUCUCUUCGCUUGUGUACGAUUCCAGAUACGGACUAUAUUCCUUAAGCACCUCCGCUUGUAGUUUAGGUUCAGCUGCCAGAGCUGGGCAACCGCUUUGCAGCGCCUUUAGGAUUUCACGCUUCAGUCUCAGUGCCAGAGUUGAACGCAGAUCGCAUGCCAAAUUCUUGAGCAGAUAAUGAUCAAAGCCAUGACAUUCGUGGAUUUGUUCCAACGUACGCUGCGUCACCACCACUGACAUAUACUCGUUCAGUACCAGGCUGUGCACUACAGAACGCUGCAAUG